UCCAGAAGCGAGCCGACAUGGCGGCGGCUUUUCGGAAGGCGGCUAAAUCCCGGCAGCGGGAACACCGAGAGCGAAGCCAGCCCAGCUUUCGAAAACAUCUGGGCCUGCUGGAAAAAAAGAAAGAUUACAAACUUCGUGCAGAUGACUACCGGCAUAAGCAAGAAUACCUCAGAGCCCUCCGGAAAAAGGCUCUUGAAAAAAAUCCAGAUGAAUUCUACUAUAAAAUGACUCGGGUUAAACUCCAGGAUGGAGUUCAUGUUAUUAAGGAGACUAAGGAAGAAGUAACUCCAGAACAACUGAAACUAAUGAGAACUCAGGAUGUCAAAUACAUAGAAAUGAAAAGGGUUGCAGAAGCCAAGAAAAUCGAAAGACUAAAAUCAGAGCUCCAUCUGCUGGAUUUCCAGGGGAAGCAACAGAAUAAGCAUGUGUUCUUUUUUGACACCAAAAAGGAAGUUGAACAGUUUGAUAUUGCAACUCACCUGCGAACAGCCCCAGAACUAGUCGACAGAGUCUUCAACAGACCCACAAUAGAGACUUUGCAGAAGCAGAAAGUGAAAGGAGUUAACCAUAAGAAUCGACUUAAGCGGAUAGCCAAAGAGAGACAAAAGCAGUAUAACUGCCUGAUGCAGCGGAUUGAGCGCGAGAAGAAAUUAUUCGUUAUUGCACAGAAAAUUCAGACUCGCAAAGAUCUUCUGGAUAAAACUCGGAAGGUGAAGGUGAAGAAAGAAACAGUGAACUCCCCAGCCAUUUAUAAAUUUGAAAGUCGUCGCAAACGUUGAAGGGUUAUGGAUAAGCCUUGUCAUUCCACAUGGAAAAGAGUUUGUUUCUUUUCCAGUAACUUCAAAGUCCAUUGGCUUAAAUUACUUGGUUUUCCUGCUUGUAGCUAAUUUAUUGUAGGUCUGACAUUUGGUAUGAGCCAUGUUCAAGCCCUUUCCCUUGUCUAAACUGUUUGUGGGUUGUUGAAAUCAGUCUUAUUUUGAUGUACUUUCUUUUUCAUUAUGAAAGUUAUAUAAUCUCAUUAUGGCAGAUUCGGGAAAUAAAUGAGUUCAUCCCUAAUCCCAAUACCUAUUCAAGAGCAACAAAUAAUUGUUGCAUCCUUACAGCGCCAGGAGGUAGGGAAAUGGAGGUGAAUAACCACAAAGGGGGUUCUGGUUUAUUUCCUUGUGUUGUAAAGGUCUGCACUGGUUUUUGUGUUUUGUAGUUGUAGUUAAACACUUUUAUGGCCUGCUUUUUUCACUUACUAUUAAGUCCUUAGCUCUUUUCCAUUUUGUUACAUCAUUAAAUUUUUAAAAAGUAAUAUAUGCUCAUAGUAAACAUUAAAAUAAA